UGACGCUCCUUGCUGCUUACCACGACAAGCGCGCCACAAAGCCACAAUCGUCUUCCACUUCUGCUAGCCAUGGAACCCGCGUCGAGCUACACACUCCCUGACGAGGUUCAGAAAAUAUUGGACCACUUUCGACAGUCACUAAAUAAUACCGGACAAGACAACCAGUGGCAUCCUCCCUCCAACGCAGAAGACAAUGCUUCGACGCCUGCAUGGCGUGAGCACGUCGCCGGUCUUCGACUCAUGCUAUCCGACACCGCGCACUGUGCGGAGGGAAAUGGAAUAUCGUUGGCAUAUGACACCCAGGAUCACGUCGGCGACGCGAUGCAGGAGGCUAUCCUACACAAGCUGGCCGGCAUAUUCCGUAAAGGCGAACCUGCGCUGCUCACCAACGCAUCGAGUUCCGGAAAGACAUCCUUGCUCUGGCAGGGCUUACGCAGACACUGGGGCUUCUACUUCAGCUUAGACACGCGCUUUGGUAUCGGAAGCAUGGACCUGCCUUUCUCGAUGCGAAAGGUGUCGUACAGGUUAUCAUACUUCGCUCAGCUCUGGGAAGCAAAGAAGCAACUUCAGAGGGUUCUUCUUGCACGCUUAUUGCUCCUGCAUACGUUUUUAGGGGUCAUCGACACGACGAAAUCCAUGGACCAUGCGCGCAAUGACUGGAACAGCGCGCAGAUCUCUUUUGGUCGCGCGGACUAUCCGUACCGUAUCUGCGAAGCCCUGGAGAAAUCUACGACAACCGACCAAGCACGCGAAGCGGACAUCAUGCGCGAUACAGUUUCUCGCCUGCAGGACCUGCUGGGGGGUGACGACUUUGGCUUGUUUUAUGUGGUUGAUGACUGUCAGUACUCACUGGGAGAGUGCAUAUCUGGAAUAGGCUUCGACGGGGAGAAGCAUAGGGAGGACCCAUUCAAAGUUUUAAGCGACUUCUGCGCUGAGCUACCGUGGAUGACGCCCGUCUUUGCGGCCACUUCCGCGCGACCUCCGCGGGACCUCCAGCAAGCCUUCCCUUCGCUCAAGACCGUCAGUGCGACCGGCGGGUCGAACCCGGAGCAUGUGCGUGAUUUCUUGCGCUCCUACCUGCCUGCUUCCCUCGUGGCAUCCGAAGAUGGAAAACUACUGCUGGAGCGGGCCGGGCUCUGGCUUCGUGGACGUCACGGGGUAGCCGCUGACUUCGUGAAGUACUUCAUCUGUGGCACACCGCUAUCAAUGCUUGAUGGGCCUCACACGAUGCUCCAUCGAUUUAUCAACGAGAGGACCGGUUUUGUUCCCUACGAUGACAUCCCCCUGGCGGUCGACGAAGGCACUGACCGGCGUCUAUACCUUAUGAAAUUCCCUAUCCACUAUUAUUUCCCGGCCAGUGAAGUUCCCAGCGUACGCGUCGUCAUGCACCAUAUUCUAUAUCGAUAUCUCGUUCUCGGCCAUGCCCCCACAUUUGGCGCCACCGAGGAUUGGAUUGUCUCCUAUGGCCUCGGAUACUACGCCGACAGCGAUAUGUCCAUAAUAGUCGUCGACGAGCCCCUCACCAUGGCUCGCAUCGCACGACUGUUUUGGGUUAAGAGCUGGAAAGAACUGCCUUUCUUCAGCCCCAAGCUCAUCUACAGCCCCGACUGGCCCGCAUUCGCUAGCCCCCGUGAACACGCCGUUCUCCUCUUCUCGCGCUUCUUCGCCACCCCUCACGCGCCCUACGAAACAUUUGUCUUCCCAGGCAAGAAAGCGCCCCAUUGGGCACAGCAGCGGGCAGAGCUCGUCGAACUGAGGCCGGGCGUCUUCGAGAACGGCUCUCCAAGGUAUCGCGUCUGUCGACACGCGGAUUACCCAGCAUCCGCAGUGCUUCCUCUCGCCACGGAUGGGACCUCUUAUGCGACAACGCUCUCUUGGCUCCGGCACGAGCACGACACCGCGUUCUGCCUGCUGCCGGACCCAACGGCGUUCAUGUUCGCACUGCGGCGGCUCAAGGGCGAUUACCUUUGGGUCAUCGUCCGCGUCGUACCCCAUGCCGACUUCAGCCCGCACAAGGGUGGGCUGAGCAGCUACUUCAAGGGCAAAGACAAGACCGCCGACGUCUCCGAAGCCCUCGCGUUGCUCCGCACGUCUCUUCCCAAUCCAUGCAAAGCGCUUGGAGAUCUUCCUGUGCUGGAGGUCGCCAUGCAAGCGCCAGACCUGGACGCCCCCGAUCGCGAGACCCGCAUCCGGAAUGCAAGGGAUGCACUCGAUCAUCUAAAAUUGAGCCAUAUACCCUCGCCCUACCCCAACAAGCACAAGAUAGUCACCGUCAACCCUUACCGCGUCCAGUACACCGAAGCGAUGCUGGAAAUGGCAAUGGAGGCCGACAAAUCCUGGAUUGUAUAUCGCAUGGUGGCCAACAUCGUGGGGGAGACCAGCAUCUCGCCUGAUAGGCAUGGGCGGCGGCGGAAAAUGAUUGCGUCGCCAGCUUCUGACCCCAACAUCCCAGGAGCUGCAGGUACUCUCUUGCCACCAGUCGCACGGAAAAUCGAGCUGGAAGUUUCCGCGUCGAACGUGCCGCUCAGUUCAAGUUCUGAGCAUGUCACUCGAAUGGAAUUGCCCACUGGAGACACCUAUGCUGCGGCGGGAAAGCGCAAAAGGUCGCAGUCGCCCCCGGAAAUGUCGCAUUCAUCCUCAGGCUUGCCUGAUGAGAUCGGACCGCCGUCAAAGCGUUCGAAGAUCGAUUCCAAGUCGCCUACGCCAUGACCGUGCUGACCGAGCUCUAUACUACACACAUCCCACCAUCCAUAUCAUAUUGUACAAUUUUGUCUCGUUACGCAGAAUUGACCUUGACUUUCAAAG